CUCCCUUCUACACUCUGGGCAAUAUUUAUCAGGUUCGUCCUCUUGAAGAACAUGAUCAUGGGUCCUUUGAUUUUCUGGGCAACUUUGUCCCCUUGCAAUUGCUGCUCGACACUGGGCGAUAUGUUUGAUGCGAGUAGGUUCACCACCUACGCUGGCAUGCCAGGUAGAGCACGCAAACAUGGCUCGUACGAUCUGACACAUCUUAGGGCAGUUGUUAGCAAUGCCUUUGGGUUGGUUCGACGAAUAGCAUACCUCGUCCUCGCUUUUGAAACGUCUUUCGGGUAUUACGAUGCCCAGCUGUCGGUCCUGGAAUCAUUCGAUAGAUACCUUUACGUCGAUUGGAAUACGGUCUCGGCUGUGGGGUUUGGUUUUAAGUAG